CGGGCAGUGUUCCUGAAACGGAGCGCUGGCGUCGCCGUGUCCUGAGGUCGUUUGAGACGUCAGGCGUCGGGCAGCAGGAGUGGUGUGGAGACGUGGGGACAGCACGCCGGAGUCGAUGACAUAUGAAGUUUAUCUUGGUUCAUCCGAUGGGUGAAGAUUUGGACGAAACAUAUUGACCGAUAUACUAAAUCGAAAGCAGACGACAGUAGAAUCAAAACAGUUUCUCGUAAUCAACGAGAACAUCGUCACGCUCAGCACGAGAGCUCCCCUCCACUAGUCUCCGCAAGCGACCACGCUUUAGUUUCUCUCCAUUCACAGGCAGGCAGGCGCAGAAGCGCAAGCCGCUCGGGAGUGUAGCAGACGAUGCGCGACAUGGCUAGCAAGAUGGCCGAACUAAAAUUCGAAGCCCCAUUAGCACAAUUUGAAGAAACAGAAGACUGGGGUGUAAUGCCAGGAGAUUUCCAACAGCACCAGAUCUCAUCCACGUCUAUAACAGUCAGUGAAGACAAUUUCAUUCAUCAAGAUGCACGAAAUUCUAAUAAUUUCAACAAGGAAGCAACUUUAAGCGGUUUACUAUCAACAUCAACAAACAACGGGAUGGUAGUGUUACCGUCACAGCAGCUGACUCAACAGUUGAACGACAAUGAUGCUGUGUUACAAACUGCACAUCAGUUGACUUCUUCAGAACAACAAACAACACAUGUUCAGAAUCAACUUCAGCAAAAUAUUGUGGGGCAUCCCCCCCACAUUGGUGGCAGUGGUGGCUCUGAAGUUUCGUCAGUGGCGGAUAAUUUCACCGAGACCUUCUCAGGAUCUUUGGAAGAUCUUGUUAAUACUUUCGAUGACAAAAUCACACGUUGUUUCUGCAAUUAUGAUGAAUCAGUGGAGAAAUUGGCACCGGUCCAGGUUCGAACCCAGGAGGAAAUUAUGAACGAAUGCCAAAUGUGGUGGACAAUAACGGGCAACUUCGGUAACAUUCUUCCCAUUGACUGGUCCAAGUCAUAUGCGAGGAAACUGCACAUGCCAGCACUUAACCUCAACGAAAAUAAGGAAAAGCUGUCACCAGAUGAUGAUCUGCUAGAUCUGAGCUCUGAGGAUGAAGCUGUCGCUAGCGAUUUGGAUAUGCAUUCGCUUAUCCUGUCUGGUCUUCACCAGGACGCAGAGCCCGUAAAAACAGCAGAGGAAGUCAUCAGGGAGAUUGAUGAUAUGAUGCAGGAGACACCAUCAAUAGAAUGUUCACCUGAUUCUGAUGGCUCUCUGCUUGACUCAACAGACACAUUGGAAAUGAAGGGCAAAGAAGUUCUGCAGUCACCUUUGUAUGAAGAGAAAUUAAAGACCCUAAGCCUGUCGCAACUGAACGAACUUUACCUGGAACUUGAAGUGUUGAUCCGAGAGUUUUCGGAGACACUUAUUGCAGAACUUGCAUUACGAGAUGAACUGGAAUAUGAGAAGGAGUUGAAGAACACUUUCAUCUCUCUACUUUUGGCUGUUCAGAAUAAGCGGCGACAGUAUCACGUUGAACGCAAGCGAACAAGUCGCAGCAAUACUACUACUCGUGCACCCAAUGGUCUUGAUCCUAAGUACCUGACAACAGUAAUACCUUAUCACUUGGGGAGUGGCCCACCAGAUAACCAGGCUCUUCAAGUUCUCAUCAAAAUACUGAAAGCCAUCAAUGAAGACAGCCCCACCGUUCCUACGCUUCUUACAGAUUACAUUCUGAAAGUUCUGUGUCCAACGUAAGACAGAAGCAGAUGCAAAGAAACAGAUCAGUCAACACACUAUUCUGCCUACGAGCACCAUUUAAUGUAACAGAUCUUGUGCUUUGAGACUUCUUAUUAUGUACGACAGUUACAUGUAAUUGUAAACCACAUAUGUGAUAGUUUUAGAGUAUGCUCCACACCUAUCAAUGGUACAUAUUAACCCAUCAUAAGCAUAGGUCAAGUUAACAACAAAGAGGGGGAGAGAAUAUCAUAUAGGGCUUGGCAGUCAAGCGACAUGAUGUGGGAGUAAGGCUCGAAAAUGUACUCGAAUCUGUGCCGAAUAUUGCUCGAAUCUUUGUGAAUUCUGGUACCACUUUUCAUCUGUUGGAAAUCAGUCAUAGUAAAAUGAAAGUUGAUAUCAAAGAGGCAGCAGUCUAUAUUUAUAAUGUUUUUGCUUUUUAAACAUUAGAAAGAAGCACACUGCUUAUUUACUUCAUGACAUGCGCUGUGUACUUUUUUCUUGGAUAUGUCCAAAUAAUUGUGUAAUUUAUGAUUUGAGGUUCUCCCGACAGCGAAUAUCCAGAUUGGAGCCUUGUGGAAUGUGAUGCCAUGUAGUUUUGUAGAUAGACACUGCUAUGUACCAUUCUACACUGUGUCGCAUCACAGAGGACUGUAGUCAACUGUGUAUCAUAUAAAAUAGAAAUUAAUCAAGACCUUUGUUAUCCUUGAGAAUGACAACCGUGACUGACCUAUCAUGUCCAAAACUUAGCAGUAUUUAUAUCAGAUAUUUCCUUCAGGUCAUAUUCAUGAACCUGCUAGCGCUGAAAUGAAUAAAAUGUGGAUCUAUACAGCUACUCCCCCAUACACCUUCAUGGUGUAGUUAAGCAGAGGGACAACUUUACUUACUUUUACACUUUCAGUGAACAGAUAAGUCUCUGUUUUUAUGUCCCUUUCCUAGGUACAUGAACAGCUGUGGGAUUUGCAUACAAAAAAUUAUUUUGCAUCUGUUGCAGAAGCAAAAAUUUGUUGUGCACAGCUCCCAGUGCAGAUCAUGUGUUAGGAAGGAAGUACAUAAAUACACAAUAGUGGAAGGUUGUUCCUUUCCCUUUUAGAUCAGAUCUGAGGUUCUCACAGGUGUGACACAAUGAUGACGAGCAUCUGGGGUGUGGCACUUUAUUGUCAGGUAGAUCAUUACCAGCAUUUUGAGGAAUCUGCUGCUAUUUCUGUCUUCAAAAUAAAAGAAAUGAAGAUUGGGACAGCAAGUUUCUGCCAAAUGUUGGCGGUGAACAGUCAGACUACACUGUGCCAGUUCCCAAAAGACUGUCCUUCAUAGAUUCCAUUUGGUUAUUUCUGAUCUUGUUCAUUAUUCAGUCAGGCAUAAUGACUUUCCCAGUGACAUUAAAGACAGAAGUUUUUAGCAAACGUAACAAACUUGUUAGGAAUUUUGUAAAUUUAAAUUUUAUGUUUAUUUUGGCCUAUUUUGGUGUUCACUUAACAAACUGUUUGCAGACCUAGCAUAAGUAUGCAUACCAUUUGCUUUAUGGGACAUACCGCUAUCAUUGGUUUACUGUUAUCUUCAUUUCUCACCAUCCAUUCAUUCAUUCCCUGUAUCACUAACUUGUUUUGCAUAUGUGGCUUACUUUUCCAUCUUGAAGAUGGAGGCUGCAUCUUCUUCAAAACAUCAGUACCUGUCUACCCAGCUACACAGUGUCAUUUCUCAGAUGACAGUAACCUUCUUAGAUGAACCACAGUUUAAUUUGAAAUCAAUUUCAUCUUAAAUACUUUAUUUUUAGGAAGGCAGUUAAGCACAUUGUUUUGUUCAUAC